AUGCCACAAUUAGCACCAAUUAAUUGACUAUUCCUAUUCACUUUAUUCUGACUCACAAUCGCCACCGUAGCCGUCAUCAUUUGAUGGUCAUACAAGCCAAAUUACACAGUUAAUACUCCCCCUCAAUCAUCAACUAACCCACAAGCAUCCAGCUCAUGGCCCUGAUAA